AUGCCACCGAUGCGAUUCUUGUUCAAUGAGCUGGUACGGGCGGGGGGGGAGCGGGAGAAAGGGGAGAGCGGAGGUGGUGGAGUGGUAGAGAAAGGGGAGAGCGGAGGUGGUGGAGUGGUAGAGAAAGGGGAGAGCGGAGGUGGUGGAGUGGUAGAGAAAGGGGAGAGCGGAGGUGGUGGAGUGGUAGAGAAAGGGGAGAGCGGAGGUGGUGGAGUGGUAGAGAAAGGGGAGAGCGGAGGUGGUGGAGUGGUAGAGAAAGGGGAGAGCGGAGGUGGUGGAGUGGUAGAGAAAGGGGAGAGCGGAGGUGGUGGAGUGGUAGAGAAAGGGGAGAGCGGAGGUGGUGGAGUGGUAGAGAAAGGGGAGAGCGGAGGUGGUGGAGUGGUAGAGAAAGGGGAGAGCGGAGGUGGUGGAGUGGUAGAGAAAGGGGAGAGCGGAGGUGGUGGAGUGGUAGAGAAAGGGGAGAGCGGAGGUGGUGGAGUGGUAGAGAAAGGGGAGAGCGGAGGUGGUGGAGUGGUAGAGAAAGGGGAGAGCGGAGGUGGUGGAGUGGUAGAGAAAGGGGAGAGCGGAGGUGGUGGAGUGGGAGAGAAAGGGAACAACGAGCCAGGGGGGAGUGCAGAGGAGGUGGGGGCACGAGAGGUAGAAGACAAACCAGGUUGGGACAUGGAAGAGAGAGAAGGGAGAGAAGGGAGAGCAGGGAGAGCAGGGAGAGAAGGGAGAGCAGGGAGAGCAGGGAGAGAAGGGAGAGAAGGGAGAGCAGGGAGAGAAGGGAGAGGAGGGAGAGACGGGAGGGAAGAAAGAGGAGGGAAGGAAGACAGAGAGUACAGGGACUAUUGUUAA